AUGGCUGAAACAGCCUAUAACAACCCCACUCAUCUCCAAGAUGUAAUCAUCGAGAAGGAGCUGCGGGACACCCGCGACAAGUUCAUCGAGUCUAUCCGCCUAGACGACGUUCGCCGACUCGCCGCCUCAUACCACCCCAGCCAAUCCGACGGCGAGUUCUUCCAAGAUUCCCUCCGUGGGAGCUAUAAUAUCUGCUAUUUCAUUCGCUUUCCUCGGUCUUCACCUUCGGGAGCAUGGGAUAAAUGGGUUGUGCGGAUUCCGUUGGCCCCAUGCCUACCGUUUGGGGCCGGCAAGAAGCUAGAAGGCGAGAUAGCCGCUAUGGAGCUAGUGUACGAACGGACGUCGAUCCCCAUACCUCAAGUAAUCGCAUACGCUAUCGACGAUACGUCCAAGACUUUCCCAACGUUCAUGAUCCUCGAGUACAUGGAAGGGGAGAAGCUCACGCACAAGACAUACGAAGAAUUCACACAGGAACAACUGUUACAGUUCUACGUCUCCCUAGCCGACAUCUUCAUCCAGCUCAGGAGGUUAGAAAUGGACGCCAUCGGCCGCCUGACGCACCGAGAAGACGGCAGCUUUACCGUCGACCGCCCGAUUGCAACAAUCGACAUAAAUGCGCAGGCACUGGAGCGCUUGCAGCCGUCACAGGUCCUCGCCCGAUACGGCGGAGGGGGCCCGUUACGAUCUGCCGGCGACUACAUUGACAUGCUGCAUGAUCUUGCGGACAACGCUUUCGCCCAGAGCCGGAGCAGCGUCCCCGAGGGUGAUGGCAUAGGCGAGGAAUAUCUCUAUCAUCUUCACAGCUUCCGCGAGCUCGUAGAGGAUUGGCGGGCUGAAGAUGAUGAUCGUGGUCCUUUCGUGCUGGUUCAUGGAGACUUCCAGCCGUUCAAUCUUCUUAUUGACGACCAAGGGAGCAUCGUUAGUGUCUUGGACUGGGAAUGGAGCCGCGUCGUCCCACGUCAAUUCUUCAAGCCCCCGCUAUGGCUGCAGUACCCCGAUUUGACGCUGCUCUCCCGGCCCAUAUUCUACGACCACUUCCUCGAAUUAUUUGAAGACUUCCUCGUCGUCCUCCGUCAGAGGGAGCUCGAUGCGUACGGCAACACGAUCCUCGCAGACGAGUGGGAGAGCGCGCAGGAGAGGCAGGGUUUCCUCGUCGCCAACGCCUUGGAGAGCUGGAUGCAUGUCGACUGGUUCAUGCAUUACCAGGGGAACCCAGAAGAUUUACAGGAGCGCGUUGUAGAGUUCAUGGGGAGGGAUCCCCGUCGAGCGGAGUUGGUUGCGAGGAAGGUCCGCGACGGCGAAGCAUACAAGGCUGACGUCCAGCGUCUUGCUCGAGGGGAAUGCCCACGUACCACUGCUCUCAAGGUCACGGAUCAC